AUUGAUAGCAAAUUAGCAAUACUAACCCGAUAGACAUCAACGCUCCACAUCAGGUCUUAUAGAGAUUACCACCAAGCGAAGAACACGGGCUCUUUAUCAACGCCUAAGUUAGCGAGCAACCUGUUACGAAUGAAAACAGUAUUCUGUGAGGAAAAGGACUUAUCCCAAACAAAUAGGAGGCCGAUCCUUUUUUUUGUUCUUACAUUAGAAGGUUCCUUUAACCUCAUUGAAUGUCUUUGGUUAGAAAUGCAUGGCAAUGUCCAUCUUAACAAGAUUAGAAAACUAAAUCAACUCUCACACAGGCUGACUAGCAUCCUCAUCAUCUAUAAAUACCACAGUUAGUUCUUGCAUCUCCUCUCCUCAAUAACUCAUAAACAAUCAAUUCCUCACUCCUUUUCAUUCCUAGUUCUGCUAUCAUUUGCAAGCUUCUACAUCACCAUGGGUGUUGUGACUUAUGAAAUGGAGGUUGCCACAACAAUCCCACCAGCCAACAUAUUCAAGGCAUUUGUUCUUGACUCUGACAACCUCAUCCCAAAAAUUUUGCCACUGGCCAUCAAGAGUGUUGUUACCCUGGAGGGAGAUGGAGGGGCUGGAAUCAUCAAGCAAGUUAACUUUGGCGAAGACUAUUUUUGGUUUGUAUUUCCUGCAGGCAACCAGUUCACAUACAUGAAGCAGAGGAUCGAUGGGAUUGACAAAGAAAACUUCAGCUACCGCUACACUGUGAUCGAGGGUGACGCUUUGAUGGGCGCACUGGAAAAAAUCUCCAACGAGAACAAAUUCGAGGCAGCAUAUGAUGGAGGGUCUAUGUGCAAGAGCAGCUGCAGUUACUAUACCAUUGGUGACAUCGAUAUCAAGGAAGAGGAAAUCAAGGCUGGAAAAGAGAAGGCAUCGGUUAUGUUCAAAGCAAUCGAAGCUUACCUCCUGGCAAAUCCUGAUGCCUAUAAUUAGACUGCAUCGUGUUUGUAUGGUUCACAUGUUCGUCCAUGGGGGUGUAAGUGCCUAAUAAGAGUUUCUCAGUGUGAUAUCAAAGAAUUUCUUGCAAUGUUCAUCAGGAAUUAAAAUUAAAUUUCG